AUGCAGAUGAAGCGUUGCCUACCCCACAAAUUUCAGGCAUUUCUCAUCCCCCGUGUUUCAAUCAUUGCUCCGUAUCAGAAAGCAGCAACCAUCGAUGAUGACAAGGGAGGUGCUAAGCGGGGUGGGUGUGCCCAGGGUGGGUAUGUCGGUGAAGGAAAAGAGUUGAUCGCUAUGCGCUGUAUGGUCCUCGUUUUUCGACUGUGCAAUCCAUCACAUGCGGUUGAAAUUGCCAUCUGCGCUAUGCUGAUGCUGCUGCUGCUGCUGCUGCUGCUUGGACUUGUUCGCUACGGUGCCAAUACUUAUGCAAGAGGUGAGGAGUAG